ACAUAGAGGUGCGUUAUGAGACUUUAGCGAUGAUAGCGUCACCUGAGCGGCAGACCUUGGUACACCUGGUCCGUACCGUCGAGCUGUGUCGUGAUCCUCCACUUGUGGGGUCUGUGUGUGCCUUGCUACAUGAUGCACUCUGUCCCAGUAAUAAAGGAGAUGUACGCCACAUUAUAAUUCAGACGUGCCUCUCACUCAACACGGCCGAAGUAAUUCUACGUACCCUCAAGGCUCUGUCUGCUGAUGGUUUGUCUGCCAUUGAGUCAUGCACACACUCGGCAUAUCAGGUCUUGGCAAAGUUGGCAUCAAAAGACCUCAGGCUGGCAGUGAAGGCCAGACUGGUGGGUGGUGUGAAGCUGACACACCAGCUGCUGCAGGCCCACAUGAAGAACAGCAUCCCUCUCCUUCCCUUGCUCAUGGUUACUAAAUACUUGGCCAAGAAUUCCAUUAACCAGGUGAUGCUGGGCAAGGACGGAUGUGUGGCCACGAUGGCAUCCAUCCUCAGCUCAGUUCCCAAGACUCACUGGGCCAAGAUCAAAUUCAUCAUGGAAAUAUUAUCACUUCUUACUAAAGUCACAAAUGUGAGCCCCCGACUAGCAGCCAUUGUUCGGGCUAACGGCCAAAAGCUCCAGGCCCUUCUUAACUAUUUCUUUGAGAGUAACGUGAUCCGCUUGGUGCGAGAGUCGGGCCUGCAGCGGGUCUUGGCCAUUCUAGAUGCCUGGGAGAAGAUAGAGCGUCGGCAUCAGGUUAAAGUCAUCAAAGCAAUCUUAGGAACACUGUCCCAUGUGUGUGACUCAAAACAUGGACGUAAGGCUGUGAUUACUCUGAAUGGUGUGGAAAUCGCCCAGCGCUUCAUACAGACAUGUCCUGCUGACAAAAAAUAUGACGGGAGCCUUGCCAGCGCCACGAACGUUUUCCUCAAGUGUGCUAGUAAGGGAGAGUUACCCGUGUCUUCCAUACGUAUGAUUUACCUACCAAGUGCCAAAUAGGGCUGACUCAGACCUUAGUUCAGAUAUACCUCAUGAAGUAACCCCUGGUUCAUGGUGAUUCAUCAGAUGAUGAAGCAGAAGAGGAGGUGGAGGAUGAAGAUGAAGAUUUUGAGUUGUCAAGAGACAUGAAAGGAAUAGAUUUGAUUUCAGAUUAUUCUCCUCAACGACCCAGGAUGGAGGAACUGGUGAAGUUAGCACCUUUCUUCCCUGAACUAAAUAAUUUUCGGGUUUCUGCCAGUACGAGGUUUAGAGAUGCCGUGUUCUGCUGGAGAAGAAAAUGUUGGCGAAGCAAUUCCAACAGGCGGCAGGUCAGAGCAGUACUUUGUGCCGUCAGACGCCACCAAGAGCCUGAUAAACUUUGUCAAGGUUGCCUACCCAGACAUGGUGGGUGCUCUGGCCCGUUUAUCUUGAGGAGUUGUAUGAAAAGGAUCGUAAAGUU